GAUGAAUCCUAAUCCGGCUACCCCGGUUGAGAAAUUCUUUAGUUUUUCACCCUAGAAAACUUCACAUAAUCAUUUGCAGACAAAAAAUCCAUUCAGCCAGCAAGAUGGCUUACCAGAAGUCGUUCCAGUCGUUCAGGGAGAAUUCGGGAGUAAUGGAUUAUCUGAGCGAAGACGAUGUCUCCAGUGCUUCAGAAGAGGAUGAACCACAUUCUUCACAUUCUAGCUUCGUGGAAUCAAGCGGUGAAGAUGUAGUACCCGAAUCGUUUUGCUCGGACUCAGUUACGGGAUCAAAAGAAGAGGAAGCGCAACAUCCGUUCGCAUCAACUCCGCGAGAGGGUGCUCCGAAGGCAUUGUGGGCUGAUCCGUUCUCACCACGAGCGCGCGGAGACAUGAAUCCCGAUCGUAGCCGUUCCUUCAUAGCUCACAGCGACUCAGAACUUAUGUCACCACAGUCGUCUCGACUUGCUAAAAAUCCCAAUGAAAAUGGAAGGUUGCGAGACCGUUUAGCACGUAGACUAAUAAGCAGAAAGCACCAGAAACAGGAACUUGAAUCACGCACCCAACAUCUCGAUGUAAAAGGUUUGGAUCUCAGAACCAACAUGCCAUCGGAGACUGUUGUUGAAAGUAGCCCCUCACCUACGCCUGAUGAUGUAGUAGUACUGGAUAGCGACGAGGAGAAGAAAGCAGAUAAUUCACCUAAAGAAGAAAAGCCACAACCGUUGAGUGUACUUCCUGAAGUCAUCACGAUAGGAUCUAGUGAUGAAGAAAAACCUGGGUCAAGCAUGGCACCAUCUUCUGUUUUGCAACAAGAAGUAUUUGAGAUCCCUACUGAACCGCGGGAAGUAUACGAGAUCCCCGCGAAGCCUAUAGCGAAAUUCAAAGACGAGUCUACAUCGAGCCUAGAAGACAUGUUACGAAGUGCACAAAAACUUCUCACACGUGGUCUUGCCUUGCCGGACAAUGGCGAGCGCCUUCGCAGACAGAUCGCGGAUUUAGAAGCGGAACUUGCAAGAAGAGAAAAAUAUACCGAAGAACCCGAUCUCAUAGUGGAUAAGAUUCUAAAUAUUUUCGAUCUAAAUGAUGUCUUAAUUGGCGCACAACGCCCAUUUGCUCGUGCUGUACAGGAAAAGGCGUUGCAAGAGCUACACAAGGCGUUGUCAUCUCAGCCUGAGCCAAACCAGUUAACCGAGACGCCUAAAGGCAUAGUUUGCCCUUUGAGAGAGCACCAACAGUCUGGUUUGACUUGGAUGUUAUGGAGGGAAUCAAUCUCACCUCGUGGUGGAAUUUUAGCUGAUGAAAUGGGACUUGGGAAAACUCUGAGCGUAAUUUCUCUCAUAGUCAAUGCGAAGAUGGAGCGAAGACGACGAAGAACAGAAGGAAAUGAUGAAGUGGACAGAGAAAGAAGGAAGCAGAUAAAGGCCAGAGGGCUCAUACCAUCAAAUGCUACUCUGAUUGUGGCACCAGCAGCGCUGAUUUACCAUUGGGAAGCAGAAAUCAAUGAACGGUGUGAAGAAGAUCUUUUGGACACAGUGGUAUACCAUUCCGCUUCGAGGAAGAAGAUUGGUAUCAACACCUUAAAACAUGCUGAUGUAGUUAUCACCACUUAUACGACAUUAGCAAGCGAGGUCGAGGGAGACAAUAAGCAUGAAAGGGUCCGUGUUCGGAGUCCUUCUCAGAAAUCAAGCUUCUUAGAAGAAAUUCAUUGGGCAAGGAUUGUACUGGACGAAGCACAUCAGAUAAAAAACAAGGCCACGAAAUCUUCAAGGGCGGUAUGCAGAUUGGAAGCGGAUGCUCGAUGGUGCGUCACAGGUACACCACUUCAUAAUAAUCUUUGGGAUCUGUACUCGUUGAUGAGAUUUCUCAAAGUGGAUCAGUUUUCUGAAGAAUGGUAUUGGAAGGAGUACGUUGUCAAUUCUUCGAAGAAAUCUGCUGAUCGUUUGAAUCUUUUGAUGAAGACUUUUGUUCUACGUCGCGAGAAGAACUUUAUCUCAACAAUGUCUGGAAAACAGCUGGUGGAGUUGCCGCCGAAACAUUGUGAAGAUGUUUUCGUCGAGUUUGAAGAAGACGAACGCGCAGCAUAUGACAUAAUGUUUGCGGCAUCAAGGCAAAAAAUACAGCAACUCCUGGACGAGAAUCAGGGCGAAGAACUUAGCUGCGUUCCAAGAAAUAGAUGUCCUAAACCUGCGACACCCGCAAGGAAUCCCUUCUUAAUGAACGGUGCUAGUGCGGCUAGCACGAACUUUGGUCGGAUGGGUUGCAUGUUGGUCAUUUUGUUACGUCUACGUCAGGCCUGCGUUCACUUCCACCUCACCAAAAAAGCCAUGGAUUUGGAGGCGUUCCAAUCGCUUGAUUCACAAACUCCAGUAACAAACGUGGAAGACGCAGAGCUGGCCAACUUCAACGUCGAAUCAGUGGUAGGAAAAGAUUCAUUGUCUGAUGUCACGCACAUCUUCAAAAGGAAGUUCACUAGUGCUAAAAUCCGAAUGGUACUCAAACUCCUAGAGUCGAUCUUGGAAGCAAAAGAAAAAUGUGUAAUCGUUUCACAAUGGACUUCCUUCCUUGUACUCCUCGAAAAGCAUAUCAACAAGAAUUUCGAAGAUGCUGUUUGCUCUUCCAUCACUGGGGAAGUGAAACCAUCUGAACGGCAAGAGCGAGUGGAUGCUUUCAACAAAACUAAUGAAAUUGAUAUUAUGCUGAUCUCCAUAACUGCUGGUGGUGUAGGACUAAAUCUGACCGGAGGAAAUCACCUUAUCUUGCUGGACCUUCAUUGGAAUCCAGCAUUGGAGUUGCAGGCGAGUGACCGUGUCCAUCGCAUAGGACAAACCAGAGAUGUAUUUAUUCACAAACUCAUCAUGAAAAACUCCAUGGAAGAAAGAGUGCUGGAUCUACAGAAAAAGAAGAUGGAACUGGCUGGCAGCGUGUUGCGAGGCGCUGUAUCAAAGAAAGCCAUGAAUUUGACGAUGGCGGACUUACGAUUCUUAUUCAAUUUGGAUGGUUCGGAAAAAUCAAAAGUAUUUUUAGAUCCAAAAAUGGUGGCAAUGGUUGAUACGGAAGAAGUUGAUGAUUAUACAGUGAUUUCUAAACAGAAGAAUGCUCAUACCCGCGGGUUGGUUGGAAUAUGGUCAUUCAGAGCGGGAAACGGAAUUGUUGGUCUUGUUUCAGUUGGACAUGACUCGGUUAAACUUUGGAGAAUGGAUGAAGCAGCCAGUGGGGCAGUUUCGCUUACCAGUAAAGUAGAAAUACAGGAAUGGCGGACUGCGAUACAAUCUGCGGAUGUCACUAACGACGGAAAAUGUAUCUGCUUGGUAACUGUUGAUUCAAUGUUCUACGAAAUCAUACUUGGUGAUGAAGGGCCUGUUGUCAUGCCUCAUGAUUUUGGAGUCAUGGAGGCAUGGCAUGUACGAAUCGCGAAGAGCAAAACGAAUUAUAUUACUGUGGGAUUUUCUGGCUUCCUCAAAGAGAUCGACCUGAAUGGGAAGGUUUCCAGACAGGAGGCUUUUCCUUCGGCAAAAACCGUUGGUGCAAUCGCAUAUGGUAAUAGCAGUCGCCGCCUUGCUGUAUCCACUUUUGAAGGCAUAUUACACAUUUUUGAUGCAUCGACGCUCAAGUCUGAAACUACUAUAGAAGCACAUUCGAAGCGGAUUCGAGCACUAGCUUUUCUACCCAAUGACGACGAAAUUCUAACAGGCUCCGAUGACAAAACAAUAAAGCUGCAUUCCGUUGGAGGAGAGCGGCCCAAAGUCGAACGAAUCUAUUGUGGUCAUCGGAGUUCGGUGCUAUCACUCGCUAUUGACGAUCGCGCUGAUGGAAGUCGGUUUGCCAGCAGCAGUCUUGAUGGACAGAUUCUUUUAUGGCAUAUUGAACAACCUACCGCACUCCAACAACUUCCAAGCCCGCACACUGGUUCGGUCACUACUGUCGUAUUUUUGCCCACUGGUCGCCAUCUUGUUUCUGGUGGAGAAGAUGGCGUAGUGGCUUGUUACCGGAUCCCUCAAGCUGGUAUGAUGUCGCCUGGGAACAUCGAGCAUGAGGAAGAGAAUAAUAUGAGCUUUCUAAACCAGAGGGACGAAAAUGAACCUAUGGAUAUGGAUCAUAGUAAUGGUUGAGUUGAACCUUCAUAGUUAUGUUUUGAUGAUCUCAGAAU